AUGGCCACAGCAGGAAAUCCCUGGGGCUGGUUCCUGGGGUACCUCAUCCUUGGUGUCGCAGGAUCGCUCGUCUCUGGUAGCUGCAGCCAAAUCAUAAACGGCGAGGACUGCAGCCCGCACUCGCAGCCCUGGCAGGCGGCACUGGUCAUGGAAAACGAAUUGUUCUGCUCGGGCGUCCUGGUGCAUCCGCAGUGGGUGCUGUCAGCCGCACACUGUUUCCAGAACUCCUACACCAUCGGGCUGGGCCUGCACAGUCUUGAGGCCGACCAAGAGCCAGGGAGCCAGAUGGUGGAGGCCAGCCUCUCCGUACAGCACCCAGAGUACAACAGACCCUUGCUCGCCAACGACCUCAUGCUCAUCAAGUUGGACGAAUCCGUGUCUGAGUCUGACACCAUCCGGAGCAUCAGCAUUGCUUUGCAGUGCCCUACCGCGGGGAACUCUUGCCUCGUUUCUGGCUGGGGUCUGCUGGCGAACGGCAGAAUGCCUACCGUGCUGCAGUGCGUGAACGUGUCGGUGGUGUCUGAGGAGGUCUGCAGUAAGCUCUAUGACCCGCUGUACCACCCCAGCAUGUUCUGCGCCGGCGGAGGGCAAGACCAGAAGGACUCCUGCAACGGUGACUCUGGGGGGCCCCUGAUCUGCAAUGGGUACUUGCAGGGCCUUGUGUCUUUCGGAAAAGCCCCGUGUGGCCAAGUUGGCGUGCCAGGCGUCUACACCAACCUCUGCAAAUUCACUGAGUGGAUAGAGAAAACCAUCCAGGCCAGUUAACUAUGGGGACUGGGAACCCAUGAAAUUGACCCCCAAAUACAUCCUGCGGAAGGAAUUCAGGAAUAUCUGUUCCCAGCCCCUCCUCCCUCAGGCCCAGGAGUCCAGGCCCCCAGCCCCUCCUCCCUCAGACCAAGGGUACAGGCCCCCAGCCCCUCCUCCCUCAGACCCAGGAGUUCAGACCCCCCAGCCCCUCCUCCCUCAGACCCAGAGGUCCAGGCCCCCAACCCCUCCUUCCCCAGACCCAGAGGUCCAGGUCCCAGCCCCUCCUCCCUCAGACCCAGCGGUCCAAUGCCACCUAGACUCUCCCUGUACACAGUGCCCCCUUGUGGCACGCUGACCCAACCUUACCAGUUGGUUUUGCAUUUUUUGUCCCUUUCCCCUAGAUCCAGAAAUAAAGUCUAAGAGAAGCGCAGGUUCUGUUUGUAGUGUCCUCCUUGCUUCCCCUUCCAUUCAAGAGAUUCCAGCAAAUGGCUUUCCCUCCGUGGGUCUCAGUUUCCCUAUCUGGGAAAUGCGAGCUUUGACCAGGAGGGCUACAGGGUUUCAGAGGGAGGGGCCAUUCCCUGGAUAGUUAAG